AUGAGCUUUGGAACGUGGCAUGAGCUGCAAGACCAUGUGGCCACCCACCAUGCUAAUCAGUAUAACCCUGCUUUGAUCUAUUCCCUGUCUGAUGGCCAGGGGGCUGAUAUUGGAAUGCCAAAUGGUGAUUAUGAUCAUGCUGGGGGUAACACCCCACCAGGGUCUCUCAUCAUCGAUCCCGAUGAGGGGAAGCCCGAUUACUCCAGUCAUAUACCAUUAGCAUUUAGCAGCCCUGACGUUAGCAAAUCAUUGGCUAAGGCAUCUCUCUCCCCUAUGUCCAGUGCUCCAUCUUUAAAUGCAUUUGUCCCGCAAUCCAUCAACUCCAUUGCGCAAUCUUUAAACUCAAAAUCAUUCAAUUCCUCAAUGGAUCACCCUGAGGAUCUAUCUACUCACUCUUUCCAUUCAGACAACAUCCAGAAGUCUGAAAUGUCUGAGGGGCAAGAAAACAUACCGCCGCCCAAUGAGGAGCCAGUAGACAUGAUCACGACUACAAACCGUGACCGACGGUUCAGUUCGGAGUCAAUUGUUAACAGCAGCAAUCGUGAAAGCAACAGCAACCAAAUAUUUCGGUAUGAGACUUCUCACUAUGAGAGUUUGUUGGAGAACGACAUCACCCCGACGAAGCCUGCACACCAGUCUUCAGAAAAUUCAAGUAUAUGUAGUUCUAAAUCGCCUGAGGGUGCUCUCUUGCAAGACCCCAUCAUUAGCCAUGACGAUAACAGUCAGCAACAGCAGCAACAACCGUCUGCUAUCACUCGACUGAACCUCAACUCGCGAAUGAUCCCCUCUUCAUCUUCAAGCUCAACCUCUUCAAACACUCGCAAACAGAAACAUCCCAUGCGUCGCUGCAGCAGUACCAAUGGCAGUGACUAUGACACACCUGCUCAGCCAUCCAGCCCAUCACCAGGUGUAGUGGUCAUGAGUCAGAAAGACCGGGACGCUGAUGACCAGUCUAUGCUGACCUACCUCCUUCAGAAGGGGAAAGUGUUUAAAUGUGUCCACUGUCACAUUGUCUUCGAUGACUGCUCCACCUAUGUCUUGCACAAUGGCUUUCACUCGCACAAUGGGGAACCAUUUCGUUGUGGGAUCUGUCACCUGAAUUGUAAGGACCGUAUCGACUUCAAUUGUCAUCUAACGAGUCACAUCAAAUAG